AAAUGCUGCCUGUCUUCCACACACACCUGCAGAGCAAGUAGCUUCAGGGCAGUUGGGCUACAGUUGGGCUACAGUUGCUUUGACCAGGCUGAAUGCAGUGGUGCACAGAAAUGGCUUGUGGAGUUCAUUUGGGGAUCUUGCUGAUUUUAGUUCAAGCAGAGCAUGUGCGCUGUCUAUGGGCUACACAAGCUUGGCCUUCCCAGAGGCAACAGGACAACGGCCUAAGAAGACUUGACAGCAGCUAUCCCCAGAAUCAAUUCAGACAGGCCUCCAUUUCUCUAGGCUCAGCCCAGAGCAGUAGCCUCCAUCCAGAAACUGCAGUUGGCAGUGGUUAUAACCAGGGACUUUCCCGUAGUAGCUACACACAAACUGUCUCUCGGCCAGCUCAGAGUGGCUAUGCUUCAGCCGGGUUGAUACAGAGCAGCUUGGUGUCAAAGCCUAACAGGGAAACAAUGAAGCGGGUGAAUGUUCAAAAGGUGCCAAACAAUUCCUUUGGACUUUCCACCUCUAUUGCUAGUGGAAGUUCUGUGAGUCUGUACAGUCAAAGCCAGAACGAGCACACUAUCAGCAAGGGGAAAACUUGGCCAGUUCAGCAGGGUACACAGCGUGCUGGACAAUAUCUGUCCAGCAGUUCUGCAUCUGUUCAGAGUCCUUCUAGGGAGAGAGCCUCAGACAAAUCAGCCCCCCGCGCUAUGAAGUCUUCCAGCCUGUUCAGUGCAGUUGCUCAUGUGCCAAUGGGGGACUCUGUACAGAGGCCCACAUUAGCCAGAGCCCCUGCUAGAAGAGUGUCCUCACAUCGUAGCGCUGGAGCAUCUAAACGCUCCCGUUUCUCCAGCCAGACUCUGGCUGGACAACCAUACCAGAACAAGCUGUUUCCUGUGAAUGGAGAAAAUGCCCAAGGAAGCUACAAGCCUACUUCCAACAUGGCUUCAAGCCAUGCGCGUUAUACCCAGUCUCUUCCAGCACACUACAAACAAAAUCCUGCUAGUUUUGAGCCACACAGUCUAAAAAUGCCCACAAGCCAGUUUACCUACAAACCCGGCUUCUCCUCCACUGAGCAGAUCCCCAGCAGUGAGAGCUCUGUCCAAGCACUCUGGAACAGAAACUGGGCCCAGGGAACUCAAAACGCCGCUGCCUCCGGGAGCAGCAGAGCGGGAACCUCUUCUCAGCGCUUCGCCCCAACCAGAACCCACAACAUCCCAAAAAGCUUCGGUGGCUUUGCUAUCAGAAGGCUGAGAGGGCCUGACGCCCAGAAGAAAGCUGGUAUCCAGAAGCCUCGGGAGACUUACACACUUCCCCCACGGCAGACUGCACCUUAUGAGCCAAAGGAUCCCAGUGUCCAUCAGGCGAGCAAAUGGAAGAGGAUCAGGCUGUAUCAGGGGCCUUAGCAGGUGUGGAAAGAAUGGAUAACCCUUGACUUCACUAGUACUUCAAAAUAAAAUUUAUCUCUUUAA